ACUACGCACUCCGUCUUUGUCGAGGCUCGUGAGAGCAUCUGUCUGACUAUGAAGACGUGUUUUAUAUGUGUUUAAAAAGAUAUUACCUAUCUGAAAGUUUGUAAAAAUGGGUAAAAAGGAUAAAGGAGAUCGGGAGAAAAAGUCCAAAAAGCGUUUCUAUGAGGAGGAAGAUGAUGAAGAAGAGGUGGUGGGCAGUGAGUCUCAGGAGGCCAUACCUGCUGCUGCUGGGAAACAAGUGGAAGAGUCCAGUACCAAACUGGACGAAUAUGGAGCCAAAGACUACCGUUCUCAGAUGCUUCUGAAAAAUGAUCACUCCUCACGUCCCCUCUGGGUGGCUCCAGAUGGACACAUCUUUUUAGAGGCCUUUUCACCAGUGUACAAGUAUGCCCAGGACUUCUUGGUGGCCAUUGCAGAGCCCGUGUGCAGGCCUAACCAUAUCCAUGAGUACAAGCUGACAGCGUAUUCCCUGUAUGCAGCUGUCAGUGUGGGGCUGCAGACCUCUGACAUUGUGGAGUACCUGCAGAAACUCAGCAAGACAUCUGUACCUGAUGGAAUCGUACAGUUCAUUAAGCUCUGCACAGUAAGCUAUGGCAAAGUCAAGCUAGUGCUGAAGCACAAUAGGUAUUUUGUUGAGAGUGCCUUCCCUGAUGUGAUCCAGCGGCUUCUGCAGGACAAUGUGAUCCGUGAAUGUCGUCUCCGUAGUGCAGAUGGAGCGGACACUGAGCUCAUUACUGAAGUCAUCCACAGCAAGUCAGCGAUCUCCAAGUCUGUUCAGGAAAAGGGAGGAACUUCCACCUCACAGGAGCCCACUGAGGGACAAACUUCAACCCAGCAGGUCCCCGAGGACAUCUUCAGCUACUAUGAGCAGAUGGAUAAGGAAGAAGAGGAGGAAGAGGAGACUCAGACUGUGUCCUUUGAGAUUCGCCAGGAGAUGAUCGAAGAGCUGCAGAAGCGUUGCAUUCAGCUGGAGUACCCCCUCCUUGCAGAGUACGACUUUCGCAAUGACACAGUCAACCCAGACAUCAACAUAGACCUGAAGCCCACUGCUGUGCUGAGGCCUUACCAGGAAAAGAGUCUGCGCAAGAUGUUUGGGAAUGGACGUGCUCGCUCUGGGGUUAUUGUGCUACCCUGCGGAGCGGGCAAAUCUCUGGUGGGUGUUACAGCAGCCUGCACAGUGCGUAAACGCUGCCUGGUGCUGGGGAACUCCUCUGUGUCAGUGGAACAGUGGAAGGCUCAGUUCAAGAUGUGGUCCACGAUUGAUGACUCUCAAAUCUGCCGCUUCACCUCUGAUGCUAAGGACAAGCCCAUCGGCUGCUCAAUAGCCAUCAGCACUUACUCUAUGCUGGGCCACACAACCAAGCGCUCCUGGGAGGCUGAGAGGGUCAUGGAGUGGAUGCGUAGCCAGGAGUGGGGACUCAUUAUCCUGGAUGAGGUGCACACUAUUCCUGCCAGGAUGUUUCGUCGUGUUCUGACCAUUGUCCAGGCGCACUGCAAACUGGGGCUCACUGCUACGCUGGUGAGAGAAGAUGACAAGAUUGUGGACCUCAACUUCCUAAUCGGGCCAAAGCUAUUUGAGGCCAACUGGAUGGAGUUGCAGAACAAUGGCUACAUUGCCAAAGUCCAGUGUGCAGAGGUGUGGUGCCCGAUGUCUCCAGAGUUUUACAGAGAAUAUGUGGCCAUCAAGACGAAGAAGCGCAUCCUGCUUUAUACCAUGAACCCCAAUAAGUUCCGCGCCUGCCAGUUUCUCAUUCGCUUCCACGAACGGCGCAAUGACAAGAUCAUUGUCUUCGCUGAUAAUGUCUUUGCCUUAAAGGAAUAUGCCAUCCGCCUCAACAAGCCUUACAUCUAUGGUCCAACGUCUCAAGGGGAGCGUAUGCAGAUUUUACAGAACUUCAAACAUAACCCCAAGAUCAACACAAUUUUCAUCUCCAAGGUCGGAGACACCUCAUUUGACUUGCCAGAAGCCAACGUUCUGAUACAGAUCUCCUCUCAUGGUGGAUCACGUAGGCAGGAGGCCCAGAGGCUUGGCAGAGUCUUACGAGCCAAGAAAGGAAUGGUAGCAGAGGAGUACAAUGCAUACUUCUACUCACUGGUGUCACAGGACACCCAGGAGAUGGCUUACUCAACCAAGAGGCAGAGGUUCCUAGUGGAUCAGGGCUAUAGCUUUAAGGUGAUCACCAAGUUGGCUGGUAUGGAGGAAGAGGACUUAAUGUUCUCCACUAGAGAUGAUCAACAGCAGCUGCUUCAGAAGGUCUUGGCUGCGUCAGACCUGGAUGCUGAGGAGGAAGUGGUGGCAGGAGAGGUGGGCGGACGACCACAGUUCUCGAGGCGACCAGGCACCAUGAGCUCCAUGUCAGGAGCAGACGACACCGUUUACAUGGAAUAUCAGAGCCGAGGCAGCAAAGCCGCCGCCUUGAAGGGCGUCCAUCCGCUCUUCAAGCGCUUCCGAAAGUAGAAACACUGAAAGACUGUUGCUACAGGAUGAGAGGAUGAAGUGGAGGAGCAGUAAUGUUAUUCUGAGGCUGAGGGUCAGAUCGUCCAGCUGGUCUGGAGAACAGAACAGUCAGUGGAGACCUCCUGAAGCUACGUAUUAUCUGAAGCUAAUGAUGAUAUAUAAAACUUCCUCCUGAUCGCUGAUGGUGACGUACAUGUUGCAGUGAAUGAUUCCCAGCUGGGCUCAGAUGUGAUAUGUGAUAUAUCUGAUGUCCCGUUUCAGACAUGUUCAGCUGAAAUGCAGCGCAUACCAAGCGAGACAAAGUGUCAACCAUCAUUGUUCCCUCGAAACAAAAUAGUGUGUUGUUUUUUAAUUUGACU